AUGACCCCUCCCACAACUCCAAAUGGUUCCCAGGAGGACCUAGUUCGGGAACAGGUAUCACCCAUUUUCCACACCUUUUUGAGGGCCUUCUAUCCUUUUCAUCCAAGUUAUGCCAUGUCUGAUUCCAGUAUAACGCUGGCCUUGGAUGAGGGGGAUGUGGUUCUAGUACAUUCCGUUCAUACCAAUGGUUGGGCAGACGGCACUCUGUUGACGUCUGGUGCUCGGGGAUGGCUGCCAACCAACUACUGCGAGGCUUACGAGCCAGACGACCUGCGAAGCCUGCUGACAGCACUGCUCAAUUUUUGGGAUCUCCUCCGAAGUACAUCGGUGAACGACAGCGAAAUGUUCAGAAACCAGGAUUUCAUGAAGGGCAUCAUUGCAGGUGUUCGCUUUUUGCUGGAACGAACCGGAUGCCUCAAUCGCGAGGCAAGUAUUGUGUUGCGAAGCGAGGGCCUACGUAAGGCUCGCAAGUCACUACUCUCCGAACUGUCUCUGCUGGUCAAAACGGGCAAGAAGUUGCAGGAAAGCCAAAGUGGCUCUCUAUAUCCUCCCGAAGACGUCAAUGAUAUCAUUGAUGACAUGAUAUUACGCGCCUUCAAGAUUGUAACGAAAGGAGUUCGGUUUCUCGAUGCGAUGGAGGAAGAACGACUGGUCAGAGCUCCUGCUUCUGUAACUAUAAUGACCACGGUUGCCGAGGAAUCAUCUAUUCCUCCCACCCCUCCUGCGGACCGGACGGUAUUCAAGGGCCACGGGAUCGAUAAUGCCAGCCAGGUUGGGUCACAGACUCGUGCGACCGACGAUCUUGAUGAUGCUCAUGCAACAUGCAAUACAUCUUCCAAAUCUAGUGAGGGUUCCCGCGAGCCGCAGGGCAAGUGGGGCAAGCGAGGGUCAUCGCUGAACGCGCCGUCAAACUUGAACACACUUGGCCAGCACAGAUAUUCCCAAGGGAGCAGUCAAAAUCACAGACUUUCGUCUGGAAUGGCGCACAGGGUAUCACUUGCAGGACCCUCUCCUUGCUCAAGACCGCAUUAUCUCGUAUCUGAGCGACUUAACCGAAGCCACGACAGAUUCCUAUCCCAUCUCGGAUCGUUCAUUGGCAGACUUCAUUUACAAUCACAUUCAAGACCAGAAUUGGCAUUAGCCAUCAAGCAGUCAGCUGCUUCUGGAGGUGAAUUGCUUGCCGUCAUGGACAGUGUCUGCAUCUUUAAUAGCUCCAGCAUCGCAGCCUUGAGCAAAGUGAGGACUUCUAUGUUUGAACGUAUUCAAGCCCUCGUCCUGUCUGCUCGAGACACAUUGGCUCAUGCGGCUACAGAAGGCGCUGAUUUAAUUAUGCCUCAGGAUAAUGGUGUUUUGCUGAUGGCUGCCACAGGAUGUGUUCGGGCUGCAGGUGAGUGUGUGGCCAAGACGAAGGCUGCGAUUGAGCGAAUCGGAGACUUCGAGUCCGAGCUUGAUGGCUUCACGCUGGACAUUGACUUGAGCAUACUCGACGUCGCGCACGAGAGAGCCAGGAGCUUUUCUGCCUCGGAACGAUCAGAUGUAACAGACAAUGCUGUUGAGCCUUUCCCACUUUUUGAGUCCUCUGUGGCAGCGACUACAAGACGACCUACUGGAGCGGUUGAGAAGCCACUUCCUUGUGUGCCAAGUGUUAGUAUUCCAUCUGAGAGCAGCAUGCAGCAACACGAGAGCCCUGCAGCUUCCCCACGGCCUUCAUCCAUGCAUGAGGACAAUGCCUCAAGCACCGCAUCUUCGGUCUCUCUGAUGCGGCCCACUUUACCGUGUCCGCCUGAACUCUCAACUGCCCUGGACACUUGCGACUGCGCAGAGGAUGUGCAUGACAUCUCUAUGAUCGACCAGGAUCAGCACGCAUCUCGGUAUGACAGCCUUGUAGCUUCAAGUGCUGGAAGCAGCGGCACCUACCUUAGCAGAGAUUCGGAGACAAGCGUGGUCUCCCAAACCUCUAGUCGCGCCACGACUCCUGAUCAUUCCCCAGGUCCUCGCAAACACCAUUCUUUUUCUGAUCUCAGCACUACGGAAAGCUUUUCGCAGGCUGACGAGCAUGAAGAUGUAGAGAAGAGGCUUCUGGUGAAAACCUUUGCUCAUGAACUCAUGUUUAACAAAGAGGGACAAGUCACGGGCGGCUCGCUUUCAGCCCUAGUCGAGCGUCUCACAACGCACGAAUCUACCCCGGAUGCUACCUUCGUUUCCACCUUUUAUCUCACUUUCCGACUAUUCUGCAACCCUGUGAAACUCACAGAAGCCCUGAUUGAACGAUUCGACUACGUUGGCGACUCUUCCCACAUGGCUGCCCCUGUAAGGCUAAGAGUGUACAACGCCUUCAAGGGCUGGCUCGAAUCUCACUGGCGAGAUCAGACCGAUCGAGAAGCCUUGAGGCUCAUUAUUCCGUUUGCCGAGCACAAGCUCACAUUUGUUCUGCCUUCUGCCGGACAGAGAUUGUUGGAGCUUGCCAGGAGGGUCUCUGGAGAAGGCUCCUUGGUGCCUAGGCUUGUGUCAUCAAUGGGUAAAACGAACACAGCCUUGGCUCAGUAUAUACCUGCAGACACCCCUCUCCCUCCACCUGCAAUCAACAAGAACCAGCAACACUUGUUAACCUCGUUCAAAAAUGGAGGCAACGGUCCAACUAUUCUCGACCUUGAGCCCUUGGAGCUAGCUCGUCAGCUGACCAUCAAGCAAAUGGGCAUAUUUUGCUCUAUUCUGCCUGAAGAGCUGCUUUCCUCGCAAUGGAUGAAGAAGGGAGGUGCUGAAGCCCCCAACGUCAAGGCCAUGUCGGCUUUGUCAACAGACAUCUCGAAUUUUGUGGCCGAAACUAUUCUCCACCAUCCAGAGAUCAAGAAGCGCGCUGCUGUCAUCAAACAGUGGGUAAAAGUGGCUUGUCAAUGCCUGGAACUUCACAAUUACGACGCAUUAAUGGCCAUCAUUUGUAGCCUCAACAGCAGCACCAUCAGCCGCCUACGCAAAACCUGGGAAGCCGUUUCUGCCAGGCGAAAGGAGAUGCUGCGUCACCUUCAGGAAAUUGUGGAACCAGCUCAAAAUAACAAGGUUUUGCGAACUCGACUGCACGACCAUGUGCCGCCCUGCCUUCCUUUUCUCGGCAUGUAUCUGACUGAUCUGACCUUUGUCGACAUUGGAAACCCAGCUACAAAGCAAAUGUCAAUGGGAACAGAUUCCGAUGGAAACGGACAUGGCGCACUGACCGUCGUCAAUUUCGACAAACACAUACGCACGGCCAAGAUUAUCGGUGACCUGCAACGCUUUCAGAUUCCGUAUCGACUCACAGAAGUCCGUGAUAUGCAGGACUGGAUCUCGGCACAGAUCAGGCGCGUCCGGGACGGUGAUCAAGGCAAUGUCCUUUUGAACUACUACCGAAGAAGUCUCUUGCUUGAACCACGAGAAAGUGAUUCUCGUCGAGAAGUCGAGACACCAACCCAAGUUUCUUCCAACAUUGUGGCAUCUCGAGGCGAUCUCUUUGGUUGGAUGACACGGGAUCGCGGCCAGACAGCAACCCCGGCGCAAAUAUGA